AUGAGUAUGCAUCGUCAAAACUUCAAAGCGCUAAGUACCUUAUUGAAGGAAAAAACGCCGCAACAUUUUGAUAUACUGCCACAUACAAGCAUUAAAUGUAUAGUUCACCCAGCUGUUAUAUUUACAAUUCUUGAUGCAUAUCUAAGAAGGGAUGAAGACCAGACCCAUGUCAUUGGUACCCUCAUGGGUUCAGUUAUCGACACCAACCUUAUCGAAAUUUCAGAUUGUUUUGUCGAUAAGCAUUCUUUAAAUGAAGGGGGAUUCCUUCAAAUCAUUAAAGAUCACCACGAAACAAUGUACGAGCUGAAGCAGAAAAUUCGCCCAAGGGAUCAAGUAGUUGGUUGGUUUUGUUCAGGUUCUGAAUUGUCUGAAUUAUCAUGCGCUGUUCAUGGCUGGUUUAAAGAACACAAUUCAAUUUCGAAGUUUUACCCGCACUCUCCCUUAAACGAACCAAUACAUCUACUAGUUGAUGCAGCAUUAGAAAGUGGAUUUCUCAAUAUUAAGGCCUACGUCCAAUUGCCUAUAUCAUUAGUAAAAGAAUAUUUUGUUCAUUUUCAUGAAAUACAAACCGAGUUACUACCUUGCAAUGUUGAAAGAGCAGAGGUACUGCAGUACCAAGAGAAAGGGAUGCCAGGUAAGGACAAAGACUUCCAUAUGCACAGCAAUAAAGAUAGUGUAUUUCCAAAUGACAUGAAUGAAAUUUCGUUAAAAAAAUUAUUGAUUAUGCUAAAGCAAUGUAAAUCUUAUGUACAAGAUGUAAUUGAUAAAAAGAAAAAAGGGAAUCUAGACGUUGGUAGAUAUCUACAUAAAGUUUUUUCAAAUGAUAGUUUUUCAACAUUGGAAAAAUUUGAUUCUAUAAAUGAAAGUAUCUUACAAGAUAAUUUGAUGAUUUCCUAUUUGUCGAAUCUUGCACAUUUGCAGUUCCUCAUAGCUGAGAAGUUAAACACGUCAUCAUUGCAGUGA